AUUAUGAUGAACCUACCAAAACAUCGCGAUACUUUAGUCAUAACGUCUUGUGCUUUGGCUAGCGCCAUCAGGCUCAGCUAGCAACGCUCAGCAGAGAGAAACCCAGAAGAGGACUUCCCCUUCACACUUUUGCACAAGACUGACAUUACCUUCUCCAAUCCUUAAGCACCAGCUCCGGACCCUCUCUGCUGCCCGCGUCUUUCCUUAUCUUGACUCGCCCGUGCUGCUCUGUACUGAAACAGGAAGUGACCCAGCGUCCCUUUGUGGCGUCAUGUCCCAGAAGUUGCCGUCGGACGGCGGUCAGAAACACUUCGCCGUGGGCCGGGGGCUCCUCGCCGCCGCAGAGACCUUGAACUUCAGCAUGGGGGAGCAGCGGUCCAGCCGGCAGAUGGGGGGCAUGUCCUCAGGUGUCGGGGUGGGUGGCGGCGACAUGGAGGGCCAGGACGGCGGCGCCCAGAUGUCCCGGCGUGGCGGCGGCGGCGGCGGCCACAUUAGCAACACCAUGAAGCUGUUUGCCAGUCUGGGGCUGUCGCCCUCGGACCUGGACGCUCUGGCGGAGAUCCCCGAGGAGGACAUCAGCGUGGAGACGCUGCCGCGCAUCCUCAUGCAGUUAAAAAGCCGCAAGGGAGACGCAGGAGAGCGGCGCGGGGCGUCCGUGUCCUCUGACGCCGGGUAUCGAGGAGGCAGGGACAGCUGGGACGACGGGCAAAUGGGCAGGAUGGGCGGUUCUUCACUGGGUCCCGGUUCAGCCCGGGCCCAGUCCUCUGCAGACUUUGGGUACAGUUCCCUGCAGGACACCGCCCCCAGCCGGGACUACGGCCUAAAUUACAGCGGUGGCGGCGGGGGGGCUGGGAGCAGAGACAGACCCUUCUCUGAGCUGUCCCACCGAGACUCGUACAGCGGGCUGGGCAUGGGCCCGUCGGCGUCCGAGUCCUUUAUGCCGAGGAGGAAGGGCUCCCCGUCUAACGGAAAAGUCCAAGACUUCUUGGGAGUCCUGCCCCCCAUGUUCCCCCACGUGUGCUCUCUUUGUGACUUUGACGUUCACUCCACCAUGGUGAGUACCCAGCAGCCUCCUCCUGUCUUCUUCUGGGGUAAUGUUGAGACGCCUGGGCUCAGUCUUCUGUCCCCUUGAGACAGGGCCAGGUGGUAAUCAUGCUCC